CGUUGCUCAGACGACUGCUAAGCAAGACCAGUACAGGCUCAUUAGUCAUUACUCAUUACGCGCUCAGUGAAGUUGCGUUUUCUUCGUCAUGGCUUCGUACUUCGCGCUGCUGCUGUGCAUUACCUUGGCGGUUGUCACCGUUUCUGGGCUGUCCUGCCCCACUUGUGAAACAGUCAGAUGUGCAAGUCCCGAGUCACUGAACUGUCCUUACGGGGCAGUGGAGAAGCAGUGCGGAUGCUGCUAUGAAUGCCGUAAGGGCGAAGGUGAAGAGUGCGGUGGCCCCUACAACAUCUUUGGCACCUGCGCAGAGGGGCUGAUCUGUCGCGGGGCGUACGGCACGGAGAAACCUGGUCGUUGCAUGGCCCAGCGACCUAUCGGACGGUAGUAAGAAUCCUCUGUGGCUUCGCUAAGGGCCGUGUUCCCGAAAAAAGGGGGGGUGGGUUAGUUGGUGAACUUGCUUUUAGAGGAGGUUGAAUGGAUCUAGCCGGAUGGGAGCGCGUAGUCUGAAGAAAGAAAACUUCAAAAGAAUGACUGGCUAUAUAGUUUAGUGCUAGAAUUCAGUAGAUAUGACUGAAAAUAUCUUUUAUUUCUUAUGUGUACCCUUAUUUCACUGCAGCUUGUAUUUCAAUUCAUAAAGCAUUCAAAUUGUCAAAAACUUAUUAAAAGGAUCAUCAGUU